AUGGUGGUGACAAGCACCGAUAACUUAGAGUCAGAGGCAAGUGACAAUUUUACUUAUGAUAGGACUGCUGAAGUCAAAGCUUUUGAUGAUACAAAACUGGGUGUGAAAGGCCUAUUAGACUCUGGUGUAACAAAGAUUCCACGCAUGUUCCAUCAUGCCAAAUUAGACACCAAUGAGAUCUCAAUAAGUGACUCAAAGUUUAGUGUCCCCAUCAUAGACCUCCAAGACAUAGACACAAACUCAAACCUACGUGCUGAAGUAGUUGAUAAGAUUCGAAGUGCAUGCAUGGAGUGGGGAUUUUUCCAGGUAGUGAAUCAUGGUAUUGGUGUUGAGGUCUUGGAUGAGAUGAUAUGUGGAAUCCGUAGGUUUCAUGAACAAGAUGAUGAGGUAAGGAAACCCUUUUACUCCAGAGAUAGCAAUAAGAAAGUCAGAUACUUCUCCAAUGUGAAUCCUUUCAGAGGAAAGGGUGCUAACUGGAGGGACACAAUUUCAUUUUUUUUAACUCCUGAUCCUCCCAAUCCGGAAGAAAUACCAGUAGUAUGCAGAGACAUUGUGAUGGAAUACUCAAAGAAAGUAAGGGCGCUGGGGUAUACAAUCUUUGAGCUAUUCUCAGAAGCACUUGGCAUUAAUCCUUCUUACUUUAAAGAAUUGGAUUCUGCUGAUGGACAAUUUCUUUUGUGUCACUACUACCCUACCUGCCCUGAACCUGAAUUAACUCUGGGCACUUCAAAGCACACUGAUAGUGAUUUCAUGACAAUUCUUCUAGAAGAUCAGAUGGGUGGUCUUCAAUUUCUUCAUGAGAAUCAAUGGGUCGAUGUUCAUCCAGUGCAUGGAUCUCUUGUUGUAAACAUUGGGGAUUUUCUGCAGCUCAUAACAAAUGGCAUGUUUGUGAGUGUCUAUCACCGGGUCUUAGCGAGGCAUACAGGCCCCAGAAUUUCGAUAGCAAGCUUCUUUAUAAACACAUCACCACAUGGUACAUUCGAGGUUGUUGGUCCAAUAAAGGAAUUGUUAUCAGAAGAAACCCCCCCAAUCUACAGAGACACCACUGUGAAAGAUGUCAUGGCACAUUACUUUGAUGAGAAAGGCCUUGAUGGCAACACUCCCUUGCAGCCUUUCAGGUUGUGA